AUGGCACCGCAAAGGCCCCAUACCGAGACUUCCCCGUUGCUGGGCGCAAGCAACAACACUGCGCCUACUGGGGCCAUUGCCCACCGCGAUGCGGAGUCGGGAGAGCCCAGACAGUCGGCCGAGGAGCAGGCGAAAGAGCCGUUUCCCGAUGCGAAGAAGCAGCUCAAGUAUAUUGUUCCUGCUAUCUCCAUAGGCAUUUUCCUUUCCGCUGCAGACCAAACCAUUAUCAUGGCCAGCUAUGGUCAGAUUGGUAGUGAUCUGAAGGCUCUUAAUCUGACCAGUUGGAUUGCAACUUCAUACUUUCUGACUCUGACUUCGUUCCAGCCGCUGUACGGGAAACUAAGCGAUAUCUUUGGUCGGAAGGCGUGUUUGCUUUUUGCGUAUGCCAUUUUUGGCACAGGCUGCCUGUUCUGUGGUCUCGCUCGGAAUAUUUAUGAGCUGAUAGCGGCACGUGUCUUUCAGGGCAUUGGCGGCGGGGGUAUGACCACAGUUGUCAGUAUCUUAAUGAGUGAUAUUGUCCCCUUGCGGGACCGAGGCCUUUGGCAGGGAAUUAUCAAUAUCAUCUGGGCUACUGGGUCCGGCACUGGAGCACCGCUCGGAGGCAUUCUGGCCGACUAUAUCGGCUGGCGCUGGGCCUUUCUGGCACAAUUCCCCAUGUGCAUCCUCGCGUUCAGUGCUGUGUCCCUGAUGCUAAAGCUUCCCCCCCGCGAGAACUCCCACUGGAAAGAUAAGCUGCGUCGGAUUGACUUCCUUGGCGCGGUUGUGCUUGUCGGUGCAGUCCUAGGUUUCCUGGUGGGGCUAGACCGUGGCAGCAAUGUAUCUUGGAAGAUGCCUUUGACAAUCGCUUCUCUGGGCGUUUCGAUCGUGCUCUUCAUUGCUUUCGUCCUGGUUGAAGUAUACCUCGCCGCCGAACCUUUCGCGCCCGGUCAUAUUAUUUUCAACAGGACGUUUUUUGCCCUCUACUGCUGCAAUUUCUUUGCCUUCGCGGGCUGGCUUGCUGCGCUUUUCUAUAUCCCUCUAUAUUUCCAAGCCGUCGAUGGUGUCUCUGCUACCGUUGCCGGUGUCCGACUGUUGCCAUGUAUUUUGUCUGGUGUUUCUGGCUCGCUCUUUGCAGGGAUUGUCAUGAAGCGGACCGGGAAGUACUAUUGGCUGACCCUUGCAGCUUACUCCUCUCUGACCAUCGGUUGCUUCGUGAUCUACCUGUCUUCCGGAGGUGCAGUGGCCAGUACCAUGCCUAUGAUAAUCGGAACUGUCUUUUCAUCAUUCGGAAAUGGAAUUGGUGUUACGACCACUUUGAUCGGCUUAAUAUCAAAUUCUACUAUUGAAGAUCAGGCGGUCGUGACCGCUUGCUCGUAUCUCUUCCGAUCACUGGGGUCAGUGAUUGGGCUAUCCCUGUCCUCGACUGUCGUUCAGCAACUGCUGCGAGAGCGGCUGAGAUCCGGUCUGCGUGAUAGCAAGGAUAUCGAUCAAAUUGUGAAUGGGGUUCGUGAGAGUCUCGAUUAUAUCAAGAAACUAGACCCGGAGAUUGCCCAUAUCGUCCGCAGCUGUUAUGGCUGGUCAGUCAAUAAGGGAUUCGGAUUCCUAGUCAUUGUGGUGUUUUUUGCGUUGUUUAGUGCUUGCUUUAUGCGAGAAGCUAAGCUCAGUCGUUGA